AUGCCUCCUCCUGUCCAGACCUACUACAAGCCGAUCCAAGUUCCCAAGAUUGGUGAGAAUGGCUAUGCAGGCUUUCACCCCGGCAAAGUGGAGAAGCUGCCGAAAGGAUGGAAAAUGUACGAAGACUCUCGUCCACUUCCAUGCGAUAUCAUCUUGGAACACGACGUUGGCAUCCAGGUGCGCGAUGGAUGCACGUUGUACUGCGACGUCUACCGUCCUGCGAGCUCAGAGGCCAGCGAGCAAGAAAAGAACCGCGUUCCAGCCAUCCUCGCCUGGAGUCCAUACGGCAAGAAGUACAGUGGAAUCGUCUCGAUGAAGCCGAUGCCGUUCGGCCUGGGAGUGCCCAAAGGAGCGCUGAGUGGACUGGAAAAAUUUGAAGGUCCCGACCCAGCCGAGUACUGCUCGCGAGGAUAUGCCGUGGUCAAUGUCGACUCGAGAGGUGCUGGGGACUCGGAGGGGUACAUCUGCAUCAUGGGCAAGCAAGAGGGCGAGGACGGGCACGAUGUAAUUGAAGCCAUCGCCAGAAAGCCGUGGUGCAGUGGAAGCGUGGGCCUGGCAGGCAACAGCCACCUUGCCAUCUGCCAGUGGUUCAUCGCCGCCGAGGCUCCUCCUUCUCUCAAAUGCAUUGCGCCUUGGGAGGCGUGCUCUGAUCUCUUCCGUGAGCAGUUCGUACGCGGAGGAAUCUGGGAUUACGGGCUUUUUGGCUUCAUCGAGAAGACAACGCAUCGCAGUCGUUACGGUUUGGAGAACUUUCCCGAGAUGCAUCGGCGCAACCCACUGUCGAACCCCUACUGGGAGGACAAGCGGGCGGAUUUCUCCAAGAUCCGCAUUCCCGCCUACAUCACUAGCUCCUACUCUGCGCUCGUCCACACUGUCGGCAGCGUACGUGGGUUUAUGGAGCUACCCACGGACCAAAAGUGGCUGCGUUGGGAUCCAUAUCAAGAGUGGUACGAUCUUUGGGCGGUGCAAGAGUCGAUCGACGACCUGGCCAAGUUCUUCGACCGAUACCUAAAGGGCCUCGACAACGGCUGGGAGCGCGAAACACCCAAAGUGCGGCUCUCACUGCUCAAGUACGGCGAGGGUGUCGAGCCCCUGCACUACAUCAACGCCACCGACUAUCCCUUGCCCAACACCGACUACCGCAAGAUGUUCCUGCAAAGUGACAAGACGCUGGCACCGAGUGCACCUCAGUCGGCUUCGGUUGUCAGCUAUGAUUCGGAGAGCAGCACGGAUUUUGCAGGCUUCACCUACACAUUCAAACAAGAUCAAGCGCUCGCUGGACUCGUGCGCGCCAACUUGUACCUCUCCUGUGACGACCUGGAUGAUAUGGAGAUCUACGUGCUGAUCCGCAAGCUCGACAAGGACGGCAACGAGAUGCUCAACUUUAAUUUGCCUUGGUCGUCCGUGCCUGCCAAGUCGUUCAAGGAGUUCUCGCCACGCGAGAUGUCCAACCUGACUAUCUAUCUCGUGCCCGUAGGCAUGCUCAAGGCGUCGCACCGUGCCAUCGACGAGAGCCGCAGCAUGCACGAGCUGUAUCCCUUCCACCCGCACGACCGCGAAGACAAGAUCAAGCCAGGGACUGUGGUGGAAGUGCCCAUCUCGCUCUGGCCUAUGGGCAUCCAGUUUGACAAGGGCGAGUCGCUGAGAGUCCAGGUGUCUGGGCAAAAGGUACGAUUGCAAGAAUUCGCCAAGGACGCCGACAAGGGCAUCAACAAGGGCAAGCACCACAUUCACCUGUCGGCCGAACACCCUAGCCACAUCAUACUGCCUUUCCUGUAG